AGAGAGUUAUCGUGCCUACAGACGGACGGACAGACAGACAUCUUGACAAAUCUAUAAGGCCAUCUUAAAAGGCCUAAAAAUUAAUUCGAGAAUCGAAAGCACGAAAUGUGAGUGUUGACGAUUUUUGUGCGGUUUGUUUCUGGGCGACAGUUUGUGCGACGCACACUAGUUCCAAAAGGUACCAGGGUUUUCGAAAAUUAAAGUUUUUUAGGCGUCGAAGCAAUUGUCGCAACCUUGUAAUUAUUACUAAAGUUGUCAAGCAACCUUGAUUCUAAUGAUUAGGCAAUUGAUGAAAGAUUAAAAUUAUAAUUAAAAAGCAACGAGAAAAUUAAAUAAAUAAAUAAACUAUUUUUCCAUUUUGAAUUUAUUAAUUUACUUCUGUGCAGCUCCGGAGAAUCAGCUCUAUCAAUGUCACUAAACAUUGUAAGCAUCCUAGGCUCCGUGCGUGGGGGGAGGAUGGUCGAACGAGUGGGGAAAGUGGUACACAAAUGCAUCCAGAACCGAGGCGUAACCCCGAUUGUGAUGGAUCCGUUGAAGCUUUCAAAAUACGAACUUGUCCAGCAACCACUUCAUUACAUUCAAAAUCCCGACCAUGUUCCAGCCUGGAUGAAAUCGGCUCAUGAAACUGUGCUGAAAGCAGAUGCGUUUUUUGUCGUGGUGUCAGAAUACAACAGUGGAGUACCUCCUGCUCUUACAAACCUGAUGAAUUGUUUCCCACCAUCAUCAUACCGACACAAACCGGUGGGGAUUGUCACCUAUUCGAUGGGAAAUUUUGGUGGGGCUCGGACCCUCACAAUUGUACGUCCCUACCUCAAUGAACUGGGCCUCCUUCCUGUUCCGUGUUACGUGCCAAUUCCCACUGUGAAUACAUUAAUUGACGAAGAUGGAAAUACCACCAAUCAAAUGGUUCUGGAUAGGAUUGGCCUGGCGGUGAAAGAGGUCUUGUGGUAUGGGCAAGGGCUGAAGGAUUUGAAACUUAAGACCCCUCCACCGAUUUAAUGAUUAAUUAUUGUAACUCUUGUAUUGAAAAGUAAUUAAAUGAUUUUAAUAAUAGCGAAAUAAAAUCAAGUAGUCUG